AUGGACAAGAAGGCAACCUCGCUGUUGAAACUUAUAUACCUGGAGAUGUUUGGCUAUGACAUGUCGUGGGCUUCCUUCCAUGUCCUCGAAGUCAUGUCUUCCCCGAAAUUCCAUCAGAAGCGUGUGGGCUACCUCGGAGCCGUGCAGAGCUUCCGCGUCGACACAGAAGUUCUGAUGCUAGCAACAAAUCUUUUAAAGAAGGUUGGGCAGGAUAUCAAGUAUAUUACUGAUUAUACGGCUCUUGCGCUGACUAGUAUCAUAGGAUAUCGUGUCUCCGCAGGUUCCUACGAUGUCCCUACCUCUCGUGACACUUCCGCAUAUAAUUUCGCCCUCCCUUGCGCUAUCACUGCUUACCGACCUUAUACCCCGUUUGACGCAUUCACACCCGGUGCAUGGCCGAAAAUUAAAGAGAGAUUGAUGGACACCGAGGAAGAUGGUAGUGUGACAGCUGCUGUCAUAAAUGUCGUAUGUGAGUUGGGCUGGAGGAGGCCGCAAGAUUUCUUACCUCUAGCACCACGGCUCUUCGAGCUACUGGUUGACGGAGGUAAUAACUGGAUGGCUAUAAAAAUUAUCAAGCUCUUUGCAUCUUUAACGCCAUUGGAGCCAAGACUGGUCCGGAAGCUUAUACGACCUCUAACCAACAUUAUGCACACUACGUCGGCCAUGUCUCUGCUGUAUGAAUGCAUUAAUGGAGUAAUUCAAGGUGGAAUCCUCGAUGGGGUAGAAGGAAUCCGCGAAGGAGAAGCCAUUGCACAGUUAUGCGUUGACAAGCUCCGGGGCAUGCUUGUUCUGGAAGAGGACCCGAACUUGAAAUACGUUGCUCUCCUUGCUUUCAAUAGGAUCGUAACAACGCAUCCGAUGCUGGUUUCGGCGCACCAGGAUGUAAUAAUGGGCUGCCUUGACGACAACGACAUAUCUAUCAGGCUACAGGCUCUUGAACUAGUUUCAGGGAUGGUGGCUAGUGACUCCUUGCAGUCUGUUGUCAACCAUUUGAUCACACAACUACAGACCGCAUCUGCAGUCACAGACGGUCCCACGGCCACUACUUCUCUCCUUGCCCAUAUUACCCCAUCCGCAGACUACGACGAUGACGACCCUGAAGCGCACUUGGAGCUUGCCAGGCAAAGUCGAAUGUCUGCGCCUUCUCUCCCAAAUGAGUACAGACUAGAGGUUCUCCACCGGAUUUUAGACAUCUGCUCGCGGGAUACAUAUUCCAACCUCACCGAUUUUGAGUGGUACGUGGACGUCUUAGUCCAGUUGGUGAGGUUGAUUCCCCCAGCUAGUGCUUCCAAAACCAAUGACGAGCAUUCGUCAAAAGACGCCCACAACCUAAGAGCCGACAUAUCAAAUCGAAUUGGUACCGAGCUACGCAAUGUCGCCGUAAGAGUGAAGAGCGUGCGCCCCGAGGCAGCUCGGGCCGCUGAAACGCUGGUGCUUAUAGAUAAUCGAGCAACUCUAUUCCCUUCAUCCGGAACCUCAAGCACAAAUUUAUUAGAGCCCGUUGCAUGGAUAGUGGGCGAGUAUGCCGAGUAUCUGAAUUUCCCAGACCAGUCGCUCUCUUCCUUAAUUCAUUCCUCCAACCUAACCCUUUCCCCUACAGUGCUUGCAGGGUAUAUUCAGGCGAUCCCAAAAAUAUUUGUCCACCUUACGUCUCAGUUCUAUGACUGGAAUGUGAGUAGGCAGGGUGAAGUAUCCUUACUACUCGCUCGGAUUACAGAUUUCCUAGAGAAACUCUCUUCCCAUCCGGAAUUGGACGUGCAAGAACGAGCCAUUGAGUUUCUAGAGUUAUUACGACUCACCAAGGAAGCGGUAUCUGCAUCAGAUAUCGAAUCAGGAAGUGUACCACUCCUUGUAUCUUCGGCCAUUCCAAGCUUGUUUACUGGCCUAGAUCUCAAUCCCGUUGCAGUGGGAGCGCAGAAGAAAGUCCCAAUCCCAAGUGAUCUUGACCUUGAUCAACCGAUUAAUCCUCGUUACGUCCACAUUCAGCGUGAGUCAAGCAAUGGCUGGUUUGAUUCUUUCAACCACGACGAAUGCUAUCAAUUUUACCACAUACCAGAUUCAACAGGCUUCGUCACGAAGCCACAAAAGGAGGUUCUAUCGCCCACACCAGUUCAACCAACCUCAUAUCAAAACGUUUCUGAAGGGCUAUUGUCCGAGCCACUGGACAUUACUGCUAGAAAACGUGCGGCAAGAAGAGAGCGAAAUAAAGAUGACCCGUUUUAUAUUGGGCAGGGACAAGCGGACGAAGAGUCCUCUGACCCAGCCACGCCAUUUAACCAGGCUCUUCGUGGUGCGAAUAAUGAGGAUCUAGAUCUAGACUCCAUUCCAAUCAUCGAUCUUGCCAUUGAUCAACGAUCCUCGGACAAACCAGAUGCACUCAAGGCCCGGAAACCAAAACGCAAACUAAAACCUAAAAAGGUUGAAAUUAUAGGGGACGAGACCCUGGAGUUCGAUAACCCCGUCACUUCGCCUAGUAUGAAGCCUGACUCUGUCUCAGCAGUCACCAGAGCAAAGAGGUCAUUGCUAGAAGUUGAUUCCAGUGGAAUAGGCCAACUCUCACUUGAAGAAGAGAGCGGUUUGACCCCUAAUAUUGGUGACCUGGCUAGAAAGGAAGCAGAAGAUGCAGAGAUGGUAAAGGCAAUGGCAGAAAUACAGAGGCUACGUCUGGAAAUGCAACGUGAAGCUGAGCGGAUUCAUGGUAGCCAAGAGGUCCCUGCCGAGGGGACGAUGAUAAAGAGGAAAAAGAAGAAGAAAGUUGUGUCUUCUAAGAAGAGCAAGUCUAGCACGCAAGAGACAGAUGGUCAGCCAUCUCAGUCUCAGGAUGUGGCUGUGGGCGAAGAGGGGGAAGCACCCGUGGUGAAGAAAAAGAAGAAGAAGAAAGUAACGACGUCUAAGAAAACGGCUCCCACACAGGUGGAAGGCGAGGAAUAG